GCUCUCUACUGAGGACUGAGAGGCUAUAAGGGCGGAAGUGGUGGUGGGAAAGAGGCGACUGAGAAGGGUUUUUGGAUGAAAAGUGCCUGUUUGGAGGUGUCCUGGUCUCCCCUCACACUAUGUCAGAGCAAUCAGUCCUCCUGCUCAGGAAGCAGCUGGCUGGUAAGAGAGCAGGCUGGGUGCAGGCCUGGCAGGGCGCUUUGUUCUGGGCUCCCAUUGUGCUGCCCUGGAACCCAUAGGAAGUGAUAGCUGGAGUUUACCACACUCCCUUUAACAGAGAUUUCCUUGUAUUAUGGCUGGUGGGAAGCCAUGGGGCUACUGUUUGUGGUUAUUAUUUUCCAGAUUACUUUUUAUAUAUAAUUUUUUUUAAGCUUGUUUUCAGAAACAAAACUUUAAAACAUUCUAAAAGUCUUUUAUGUAGCACCCAGUGUAAAUACUGGUGUCUGACUUCUGAACUCUUACUGUUGCUAUCAUCUUAUAUGGCCUUUUGCUGUUACCAAAAAAAAAGUUUUCAACUUGUUUAGUUCUAAGUGUAAGGUGAGUACAGAUGGGAAAUACGUGUAGGUGCUGGCCAUCUUUGUUUUUUGUGUAGAUGGGUGGUAAAAGGGUUUGAUAUAUUCAUUCAGCAGAACUAGGAUUGCUGAAUUUUUCUAGUGACCACUGCAGUAAAUCUUUUUUUUUUUUUUUUUUUUUCAUGAACAUGCCCUUAUUGACAAUUUGUGAUUUACUUGUUCGUUUUUGUUUUUUCCAGAACUGAACAAAAAUCCAGUUGAAGGGUUUUCGGCUGGCUUAAUUGAUGACCAUGAUAUAUUCAAAUGGGAAGUGUUGCUUAUUGGACCUCAGGAUACAUUAUUGUAAGUUAUGUUGGCGAAAGUCUUGAACUGACCCUCUACUUUGUUUUUGCAUCACUUUAAUUGUUGUGCUCUUGGACUCUUAGAUGGGCAUGUUUUAUUAAGAAACUGAGGUGCAGCCUUUAGGUGAAAUCUUUACAUCUUCAUCAGAACUCCAUGUGGUGUUGAAGGCUAUAGACCUCACUCUGCUAAUAGAACAUCCUAAGUGUUUGGUAAAGGGUGGCCAGGGUCAACUAAAUUUACCACGUUGUCUCCAAAGAACAAUCUUCAUAUAACGUGGGUGUGUAUUCAAUCCUUCCAUUCCACAUAUAACUCUUGAAAAUCUCGCCCUAUAUUGUCCUGUUCAUUCCAUGAAAUGUAUGCCUUUAAGAUCUUCUGUCUGUUAGAGUAAGCUCAUUUAAAUUCUCUCCCCCCAAGAAAUACUACAAAGUACCGGGGAUUAUUCACAUUUAUAUUGCGCUAAAGUACUCUGCAGCACUUUACAAUUCUAAAAUGGGGAUAUUUGACAUGUUACUUACAUGCAGUAUAUAACACAAGAGGUGAAGGUCCUGCUCAAACAAGCUUACAAUCUAUUAUAGAUAAUUCUACCAGCCCUAAUUACCAAAUGUACCGGUGGAGUGAAUGAAACAGGGUUCCCCACAACCACUAAAAAUUGGGGCAGUCAAUUAACCCAUACACAAGGCUGAUAAGUGGGUAAAUACGGCUUGUAGACCAGGUGCACUUUUUUGUCCCUGCAACAACUGGGGCAGCACAUGAAAGAUGUAAAAAUAUGUACAUUUACUGUUUCUACUGUAACUUGGGACAAAGACUAAUCAAGUACUUGGUCAUUAACUACGAAGUGUAAUCCUCUUUUAUUUUAUGGAGUUUGCAUUCUUACUUUGACUUCUGAAACAUAGGAUUGCCUUUGAUUCAAAAAUCCUGCUUGUUUUGUUUAUAGUGAGGGUGGCUUCUUUAAAGUGCACCUUACAUUCCCAAGUGAUUAUCCACUGAGGCCUCCAAAAAUGAAAUUUAUAACAGAAAUCUGGCAUCCUAAUGGUAAGUACUGUGCAUUGUUAACAAUUUAGUGAGCUUUUGAGGGAAAUGCUAGUAAUGUUACAGCAUAUGCGUUAAACACCAGUUAAUGUUCGUGUAGGGCUGAUCUUGACAUUCUACACUCCAGGACAGCUGGACUUUGCUGUUAACUAGCUACACAGUUAAAGGGUUACUCCAACCACCAUGACCAUUUCAGUGAGCCUGUCUAAUAUCGAUUCUGUGGGGGAAAAACUGCAUCUCUUCCGCGUGUGCUCCCUCUCUUGCCAAAAUCUAUCUUAUUGAUGUUUUAAAUACCCUGCCUUGGCAAUUCUGAGCAUGUGUAUGCCCUUAGACCAUGAAACUGUCCAAUCAAAUGACUUUCUCUGGGGAUGUGAGAUGGAGGGUAUUUUUUCCUUUGUUGUUUUAAAGGGGACCUACGUAAUAAUGCUGAGUAGGAUGGAUGGGGGUUAACAAUGGUUUAUAUCAAAUUAAGAUGCAUCUAAGGGCCAGAUCUUAAAAGAAACCUAUAAGGUAAUGACUUUGUUUGGGGGAGUUGCAGUCCAAACGGACAGGAGGAUGAAAGAGCCAACAGAGUAAUGAAAAGGGGAAGAAAAACAGGCAGGUUUCUGAUAGUCUGAUGCAAAACAAUUGUAUCCAAACUCGGAUUCUAAAAAAUCUCUCAGGAAUGCAGCUUUUGUUUCUAAUAAGACUUUCUUCUCCUGUUUUGGUAUGUUAAAUGUCUAUACAGAUUGCAAUAUUUUAAGCAUUACUGGUAAAUGCUGGAUAAACUGGCUUAAAGAGGGACUCUGCCAUGUGUAGUAAGAAUAGUUUGACAUUACUGUCUUACCUAUACUUUGUCCUUACAAUACACAGAUUAUCCAGUGCAGAACCUUUCUAAAUACUAGUCUCUUCCAAUUCUUGUCCUUGCCGAUCACCCAGCAUACUUUGCACAAAUUAUGUCAGGAACUGCUGUAGCAGAAUUCGGUAACGGUCUUACUUGUAAUGUUAAUUAAUACCAAACUUCCUGUUCUGCUUUGCUGUAGGAAACCUCUCCUUUCUGUAAGUGUGUAUCCAUAGCAGUCAUGCCAAUAUUUAAAUGCUUUUGUAUAUUCUGUGUUGAAGCAAACAUACCUUUCCUGUUUCCUCAGUUGCAAAGAAUGGUGAUGUGUGUAUCUCUAUUCUUCAUGAGCCUGGCGAAGACAAGUUUGGCUAUGAGAAGCCUGAGGAACGUUGGCUGCCCAUCCACACAGUGGAGACUAUCAUGAUCAGUGUUAUUUCUAUGUUGGCAGACCCAAACAGUGACUCUCCAGCAAACGUAGAUGCUGCCGUAAGUACAAUUUGAGCACUCAGGUGAUGUGUAGUCAAUCUAUAGACUGGGAACAUAUAAACGUUCCAUAACCCCAUGUAUGCUCUUCACUUUUGAGAAUUUGGCGAUUAUCUGGCUGAACAGCCAUGUUGGGUCACUCUUAUCUGACCAACUGCAGUUUGGUACAGUGCCUAAUGUGCCUGCUGCAGCUUCACAUAGAGCAAUCAUAGCAGCUGGAGCUGGAUCUCUCCCUGCUUCUCCCCAAUCCUGUCUGUCUUCUGUGUGGCUCCCUCUGUAGCUUCAGCAGCUAGAGGGGGCAAUACCCAUCAGGAGGCCCCCUAAGUGGACUUCCCUUUGUGCAGGCAUCGGCAGUAUUUCUGUUGAGUGUUGGUGUAAUGCAGGUCUAAAAUAAACUGGAGCUAAAAAUUAAGGCUGAACACUCAGUUUAAGAAACAUGGUUAGGUGUACAGUAACUGGAUUUGUGUUCAUUUAUACAGUGGCUUAUCAACUGGACAUAGCGCUGCACACAUGUCCUUUGUGUCAUUGUUGACUCUGUUAAUGUUAUCACAGGGCUGUUCAUUUAACUAGUAAGUUCUGACUGUUUGUUAAUCCUUCUUCCUACAGAAAGAGUGGAGGGAAGACCCAAAUGGUGAAUUCAAGAGAAAAGUUGCUCGAUGUGUUAGGAAAAGUCAGGAAAUGGCUUUUGAAUGAAAAGGUAGGUUGAAAUUGCUCUACUUCUAGAUGACAUGUCAUUCUUGAUGAACUCCAAUACAAGCAUCCCAUAUUGCUGAAAAAUCUGAUGCCUUCAGUCUGAGUUAGUAUUGUAAAGUAGAAGUUCAUACUUGCAUAUUACCCUAACAACUCCAAUAUAAUGUACAGUAGGUACAUUAUUCAUUGGCUGAGUGACAAAACUUGACAAUUUGUCAAGACAAUGUCCCAACUUAGUAUGAACUGGUAAAGUAAAGAGUGUUCACACUUCUGCAUUUUCAUACCAAUUUAAAACAGAAGCGUGUGACUCAGUGUUAAAGGACCACUAUAGUGCCCUGGGGGUGCCCCCACUCUCAGGGUCCCCCUCCUGCCCGGCUCUGGAAGGGGGAAAGGGGUAAAAACUUACCUUUUUCCAGCGCUGGGCGGGGAGCUCUCUGCCUCCUCUCCUCCUCCGAUCCGCCCCGUCUGCUGAAUGCGCAAGAGCUGCGCGCAUUCAGCCAGUCGCAUAGGAAAGCAUUCAUAAUGCUUUCCUAUGGACGCUUGCAUGCUCUCACUGAUUUUCAGUGAGAAGCACGCACGCGCCUCUAGCGGCUGUCAAUGAGACAGCCACUAGAGUAUUUGGAGGAAGGCUUAACCAAUUGAUAAACUGCAGUUUCUCUGAAACUGCUAAGUUUAUAAAAAAAAAGGGUUAACACUAGAAGGACCUGGCACCCAGACCACUUCAUUAAGCUGAAGUGGUCUGGGUGCCUAGAGUGGUCCUUUAAGCCAUUCUAAAAUAGUAUGAGCAUUUGCCACAUUAGAGUAUUUCUUUAAAUACCACAUCCUUUUCCCAGUGUUUUGUGCAGAUGGCAGUUAUGUGGCUACUUAAAACACUAUAUAGCUUAAUUGUAUAGUAUAGAUAUGGUGUCACAUCUUGUGUGCAGUCCCUCAAUGCUUUGAGUAGUUGAUAAACCUGGUUUGAACACCCAAAACUCGUAUCUGCAGAGAACACAUGUAUGCAUUGUUUGAUAUAUGUACACCUAAAGGCAACAGGUAUACUUUUUGGAUUGAAAAUGAAUUCUAAGGCAGGUCAUUUUCUCUAUUGUAUUUAACAGAUUUGCAUGAAAACUUAUCUUGACUUCUGAAUAAUAUCCUUAUUUUUGUCACUUGCAGUGUUUCAAGCAAGAAAUUAUCCUCUGUACGUUUGCACCUAAUAAGCAAUAGAAUUCACAAGCUUUAUGGCUAAACUCUUAUUGGAGCUUGUGCAGAGUUUCAUGGACUUCUCUCCCCCACCCUCAGCAGACAGUUUACCUUUUUAUAAAUUAUGAUCUACUUCUGUUUUAACUGAAAAUGUUGACUUGAUUGGUUUGCAAUCCCAACGGAGCUCCUUUAUUUAUUCAGAUAUAUAUUUUUUUGAAAAUGUAUUUUAUAAAGCUCAAGUCGCUCUUGCAUUUUUUUUUUUUACCCUGGAGACUGCAUAAUGGGCUGUUGCAGAAGCACUGUAAUAGAUGGUCACUGCUGAGUACAAGCUUUCAAAGUGUGAAGCUUGCUUCCUGCAAAGCCACUUGCCUAGCAAUCAAAUUUUGACCAUAGUUUUAACUUUUGUAGUGUUAAAGUACUGUGCUUGAGGAAUUUAAACAAUGAGGCUAACCCCACUAAUAUCAUUGUUACACAUUGCCUUUUUGCAGUAUGGGUUAAUUGGAUACAGCAAGAUUUCUUGGUCAAUUUAGAUGUGUGCAGUUCUGAUACUCCAUUGCCCUUUUCUAUUUUUCUAUUGUUUAUGCUAAAGCAAAAACAAGGUUUUGUUCCAUUUAAUUUUUUCCCCUCCCUUCUGAUCUUCCCAGCCGUUUUUGUUUUGCUUUUUUAAAUAAAACACUUGGUUACAGAAUGCAACCUUUUUGAGAUGUUUCAAUAACUUAUGAGUCAUGUUUUGAAUAUAUUAAAGUUAAUUCAAUACAA